GCCAGGAUAGCCCGUGAACUGCUGCUGCAGCGGGCCGCCCGCGAAUCCAGUCGGUUGAGGCCCCAGGGCGCCCGGGAAUCCGCCGGGCUGCUGGAACGACUGCUGCUGGCCAUACUGCGGCUGCUGGCCAGGUCGGGCGCUGUUCCCACCCCCUAAGUACGAGUUGGACCCGGAGAACAUGGCGAAGGAGCGAGCGCGGCGAUGGAGCUCAGUGGGCGCCUCGCAUGGGGGGGUUCGAAGUAUGCGGGCUUGGUAGAGAGCGGAGGUCGAGGGGGCACUGGAGCAGUUGGGGGUGCAAGGGGACAGGUCGCGCCCUCUGUGCCGUGCUUCGUGACGCUUCGCGCUAGAGCUUCGUCAUCUCUCCAUUGGCUCGAGCUUGCCUCAGCGCUCCGGGACGCGCAGCCCGCCGCUCGCCCACAUCCUUGACCUUGACCUGCCCCCAACCCAACAUGUCUGGCGAACGCAACGGCGACACCGGCGGCCACGUCGAGCCGGAUUUUGCGCAGGCCUUCAAGGAGCUCGCCCGCGGGGAAGGCGCAGCCACUGCCAUGGAGAACCACCUAGAUGCGCUGGAAAAGAAGAUCGAGGAAAUGCUCGCCAAGGCCGAGGAGGACGAGAGAGCCCUCGCGUCGCGGCCCAAGUCGUCGGCCACUGACCCGUCCACGAACGACGAGCGCAGACCAGCAGCGUGACGCUCUACGCUACGGACGAUAUAUGUCUAGGUACGAUGCCCAUGCUACAGAUGGCGACAGGGCGCCAAAGACUCAAAGGAUGUUUCCUCCGCUGUGCA